AUGCAGCAUUCAUUUGAUGCCUGUUUACUGCUCCUACUGGCGUUGGCUGUCUGCAAUGCCUACUGGCGUCCACGGGAUACCGAGCCAGUUAUCCUAACUGACCCUGUGGGAACUCUGACUUUUAACUCAUCACUGGAGCCUGCUCCACUCACAUACCGAGAGUGGAUCCUGGCGCCCUUUGCUGACCGUAAAGAGGCCGACGAAAACGGGCGUCCCCCGCUCUUUCGAAUUUUUGUUGAGGAGAUAAGGCUGGAUGCAGGUGGCGAUCAGUGUCCAAAUAAUAAGCGCAUUACUAUUGGGAACGCCGACCAGCCGGACGGCCUGGAUUCCGUGGCUUAUUGUAAGCAUUUACGAAAUUUUGAAAUUAGUGUGUUGGCUCACCGUGUCUAUAUCCGUCUCCAGUGUCCCCCUGGUACUGGUCCCGUCUACAUUCGACUUCACUUCGGCAUUGUUGUGCCCUCUACGCAGCAGACUGGUCUCCAGCGUCCGGGCAGACAGAUCUGCCUCGACCCUUUUCACGACACCAUCACGGACUCCUUGCAUUCUCACCUCUGGGCCUGUCGGCCAGUAUUCUACGGCCAGUUGAGUGAAACCCAGUGUCUGGCAACUAGCCAAAUCUGCAAUGGUGUUGAAGACUGCCCUAGUGGCGAAGACGAAUCCCUUGCCACCUGCACCAAACAGACAGCUACGGUUAUAGAGACCAUGCAUAGUUUGGGCAGCUGGUUGAACAGUACACAAGCUGCUUGGCCUGCUGGCACCGAUCCAAACGCAAGCUCUGCCAGCACGCUUCUCAACAUCGCCCUUCAUCCCUGCCAUCCGGGCGAAUUUCAGUGCAAAGUCCGAAACCGUGAAAAUGGCCAAACCACUUUUGUCUGUAUAUCAAAUGCCUGGGUUUGUGAUGGCCAAAUCGACUGCCCACGAGGGGAGGACGAGGCGCCAGAACUCUGCUCAAAUCAAAAAGCUCCCGUGGGAGGUUGUCCUCCAGACACUUUUUCGUGCCCCUACGAUGCAAAGUGUUUGGACUACCGGUUCAUCUGUGAUGGAAAACAGGACUGCUUUAAGUCGGUGGACGAGUCAGCUGCAGCAUGCCGCUGGAAGAGGCAGCACCACCCAGCCACAUCAGUUACUUAUCAGCAGAACAGCAAUUACAGCGACACUAGGGACGUGGUGAUCGACAAACUAGGCAUUCAUGCCAACUUGACAAUGUCAGUGUUCAUAGAGUGGGGCCUGACCAAUCGUCUCUGUCCGCCGCAGAAGCCCUACCUCUGCCGUUAUUCACAGACCUGCCUCACCCUCAGCGCACUCUGUAAUGGCAAAGUGGAGUGUCCCGACCAGAUGGACGAAAGCGUCAUCAUUUGCGCCCUCUUCGAGAGCAUCAAGUCUGCGAUGGACAAGUCCACAGAGCUGCUUGCGCCGUCUGCACCGGGCACCUGUCAUGGCGCCACAUACACCCAUCCUUGGGUUACGGGGGUCUACAGCCACCAGUGUUUCCUCUGCUAUGGCGUCCUCAUAUCGGGAGCCAAUUCAUCCUGGUGGGUAAUUGUCCCGGCUUCGUGUGGCAAACACCUAUCCCCCGGAAACCUCACCGUGAUACCGGGAAAUUCAUCUGAAUCCUAUCGGUAAACGUUCACUGUUGUUGAUAUUUUAAGGACCAAAAGUAAUUGAGCAUUUUGUUGCUUUUCCGGGUUUAAUUACUGCAGGUUUACUCCAUCUGCUAAUUACGGGAAAAGAGCGUGUCCGUGGACUUCAACAUCUUAAAGAUUGACUGUACAAAUUCUCUACCAUUAGGUAUAUUACGGAAAGUCACAUUUUCAUCGAACUAACACCUCAAAUACCCUUGCGCUCCCCAAUGGGUAAUUUUUGCCAUACACAAAAGACGCGCACAGUCGGGGAAAUUCGCAUUUACCUGAGUCAACGGUGUUUCAGCAGCACAACUUAGGGAAUUGCUAUCUGUUCAAACUGAAAAUUAGUCAAAGUCAGUCCACAAUUUCCAAGACGAUUUCGGACAGUACCGAUGGCUAUUGGAGCAGGAUAAUUUGCCAAUAACCUGAGGUCUGCAACGCCUCACAAAGUGUCAUUUGGGCAAAUGGUUGGUCCUUGAUCUUGUUCAUUCAUGCGCAGGAUCUGUGAGAUCCCUGUAUCCACCAGCACUUAUCAUCUCCUACUUAUCUGAUAUGGAGACAGGCCUCUCGCAAGACUGGCAUGUUUACUGACAGUCUGUUCUCGUAGUCGCGGUAGAUUGAGCACUAGUGGAUGCGACAUAGAUUAUGCUGACAUUCUGAAAAAAAUUUUCGGGAAAUUCCCCAUUCAAGCUAGGAAUUUAAUUAGCGAUAACUUUGUAAGUGCACAUGCUGAGCCGUUUUAACAGUUCAUCGGAUCAGGUUUCUGAGCAAUCCCUACGAUUUCAGAAGUAUAUAUUAUCCAAUAACUUCCUCGAAAGACCUAUGGAUGUAUUAGCAGAAAAGGCUACGUGCGACUGCAUUGCGAUUGACGCUGGGUCCGGUUCGAAUUUCAAAAAAAUAUUCCUACAUCUAAACCAUGCCAGAGCAGGGCUUUUUCGAAUGCUCUUUGCUGAGCCCAUCAUAAUUAAGAAGUUUCGAUUUAUUGACCCUGCCGCGGCAGCUCAGACAUUGAGGCUCACAUCACAUGACCGAUCAUUUUGCCCUACAGGCUUCAUUUCUGUUCUCAUGACUCUGUCCUUUUAAAGUCGGAUGCUGACUGGGGCUGGGACUUUUGUGAAGAGUGGAUUGUGAGUACUUCAACGAUGGCCAGGGCAGAUGUUGGUUGACAUAUUUAUCUGGAACAAGGUGCAGAAAGCAGGAGUGUGUUUCUCAACCGACCCUUUCAGAUGAACCUACUGGCAAUAAGCUCAACACAAGGGUCCGACCGUCAGGCAUUUCCCAUUUAGGAUGGCUGUCUGGUGAUCUUCGUCGCUGUAGGAUUUUCAGGUUGAACUCGGGUCUUCUUGAAUGAUAGAUCCUUUACUUUUUACUUGGCUGCCUGCUUAACACACUUUCCGGGAUCUCAUUGCAACUUCAGCAGUGCUUUAUUGGUAACGGUACUGCGUAACGGUGGCAAAUCACACAAAGGUAAACGGGAUAUUCAAACACCUAAAACCAACAGUAGUUUCUUCUUCCUAUUUCGUAUUUUAUAGAAAUUAAAAUCGGUGUAUAAAAACGUCAAAGUCACUUCCGGACGAUAUUUUUCAUGCACUUCUUCAGCCAUUUGUUUCACCUAGGAAACAUUAGUCUUGGGUUCUGGACAAAAAUGUCCUUUCAAUCCAUUUUCCGGGUUACUGUCCACUAUCUCCUCUGACACUGUUGUUGAACGCACUUCAUCCUGUAAAAUCUUACUCUGAAUUUGGCCUUGACGUUUUUUUCAAGCUAGGACGACUUACUCAUCAGUUUAAGGGUUUGUCAUCAUUUCUCCAACGGCUCAUGAUAAGUCUACGUAGACCACUAAAUUGGAAAGCAAUCCAGUGGGUACGAAUAAUUAGUAAACGUCCUGCAGACAGACAAACGGCGUAACCGUAAUUAGGCUUCGGCAUAUUUCCAGAGCCCCCCUGUCUAUACCGAGUCCAGCGGCAGACCUCCGCCUUUUCAGCUAGGCCUACCGCUAUUCUCUCAUUUAGGGCGCCAUCCGUCGAGCACAUGUGGUAAUUUAUAAAACCAAGGUAAUCCCGCCAAGAUAGUGUACGGACAUUCCGUGAGAGGUCCUCCGCUGAGCCGAUUCAGUCAGCGCGCCUUAUCGAACUUUUGCCCAUUUAAGCAUCUUCUACUAUUUAAGUGUCUCCUACUUACUGAUCUAUUUUUGGGAAUGCUUCGGAUGAGUGCAUCUGUAAGGGUAGUUGACAUUGUGAGGCUCAGCUAAUGACAUUACCCUUUUUCUCCUUUGCUUUAGAGUUGAUUCGAGGCAGGACCAACCCAACCUGGCAAAUGUCUCUAGCAGCAUCCCACAGGGCUUCAGUCUCCUCAAAAUUGGUACAUCGUCCAGUAACAUCACGUCAUUACAGGGGACGAACCACACUAACAAUGUAACCUCACCAUUCUCCUCUCUUGAGGGUUUUAACUUCACGAGGACAACCAACGAGACAGCAGAGUCCACAUGUGAACUAAUCACUCCAGUGCGGUGUCAGCGUCCCCUGGAUGGCGAACGGUUUGCUCCCCAAAGGGUGCAGCCCACUAGUUUAUCCGUGUGCCAACAAACUUACCCACACUUUACUGGUUUCAAUCUCUCCGGUCUCAUCUGUGUCCCGCAGGAAAUCUGCCUUCAACGUAACCUCGGCGCAGUACUAGUCUGCAACGGGACUGGAAAUAGCACCAAAAACAGACUCGGAUUUGCCAUUCAUGGAGGCAACUGCGCGACAGGCCAGCUUAACUGGCCUGUCAUUGUCAGCACAACAACCGAAGAGACUGUCACGUGGAUUGAGGUGGCCGUCGGCAAUCGACCACCGCCACCACCCCCGAGCCCUCCAGCCGCAAUUUGCGGCUAUGCACCGGAUGGAAAGUUCCCCUGGUUCGUCUACUUCAAUAUGCGAUCAGGUGCCUCCUACUGCCUCGGUGUCUACGUUGAGAAUGACACAUUUCCCCUCAUCACCUCGGAGCGCUGUCUGGUGAAUUGCCUGAGAGCCAACGGUUUGCGAAAGGCCUGUAAUCUAGAGGCAGCACGACUGCCAGCCAUUGGCUGGCUACGCCACCCCAAGGCGGCUCCUCAAACCCGCCUCUCUUUGCCUGUCAAACCCGCAGACAUGAACAUGAACAUUUGUCCCGCAAAAGCCGUUCAUGAGAGACUGGCGAAUGCCACAGCCGCGCGUCCCGUGUGGACUCAAUGCACGCUGGCCUAUCUCUAUAACAGCACCUCGAAGGCCUUCGGUAUCGAAAUGAUCAAAGUAUUGCCGUUCACUGCCUGCCAGGGCGAAGACUUCUACUGGCCCCUGCGAGACAGAAUGUUGCUUUGUGUGGUUUCUAUGGGGGAACAGCCACUCAACUGUCAGCACUGGACUGAUGCGGCUCUUGUGCAGUGCCAGCGAGCCAGCACACUUCAGUGGGAGCUGGUGGGACUGGCUCCGGCCUGUCGCAGUAGUUCAGCCUACAAAUGGUUCCUCCGGGUGUUGCCCUGGUGA